ACAAAGGUUGUUGUCCAGACUGCGAAACUGGCAAGAAGAUGGUGGCGAAUCACACGUUUGCUUCACCGUUUCUUUGUUUACUCGCAGGGCUUCUUCUCACGUAGUGAGCGCCAAAAUGCUAACCAGAUGGGAUAAUUUAGUGGCUGGAGUUGUAAUUCUUUACGUAGUUGCCUGUCCGUUCACCAAGGUCGAGGAGAGCUUCAAUGUUCAAGCAUUGCACGACAUUAUUUUCCAUCGCUUUGACAUUGCUAAGUAUGACCACGUGGAGUUCCCAGGCGUUGUUCCCAGAACAUUUCUUGGUCCAGUCUUUCUGUCUUUGUUGAGUGCUCCGUUUGUGGCUCUAUCUCGACUACUAGCACUACCCAAAAUAUCUCUUUUGUACAUUGUUCGUAUUGUGCUGGGUCUGCUGGUGGUAGUCUCACUUGCCACAUUUCGUCGUGCCGCUGAGCGCUACUUCAACACACGGCUAUGUGUCUACUAUGUGUUGAUAACCAUCAGCCAGUUCCACUUUCUGUUCUAUGCCAGUCGACCAUUGCCCAACACAUUCGCUCUUGUUGUUGUGCUGAACUGCUUGGCCAGUUGGCUAGAUGGACGGCGUAGGAAGUUCAUCUUGCUGAGUGCCUUGGCUGGCCUGGUGUUCCGCUCCGAGCUCAUCCUGCUGUUAGCGCCAGUUGCCGUUGUCGACCUGGCCGUGCAGCGGCAUGGCUUCCAGCGGCGUCUCAUCACCUAUGUGAAGUAUGCGUUGAUUGCAGUUCCGCUGUGGAUUGGCCUGUCCGUCCUUAUUGAUUCAUUCUUGUGGCAACGUUGGCUGUGGGCUGAAGGAGAGGUGCUGUAUUACAACACCGUCCUGAACAAGAGCAAGAACUGGGGUGUGAUGCCGUUCAUGUGGUACUUCUACUCUGCAUUGCCCCGUAGCCUGUCAAUUGCGAUCCCAUUGAUGGCUGUUGGAACCUGGGCUGGUGGCUAUCGCAUGCUAGGUGUUAUUGCUCCGGCAUUCAUCUUUGUCUGCCUCUACUCUUUCCUGCCGCACAAAGAGUUGCGUUUCAUCAUAUAUGCUCUGCCCGUCUUCAACGUGGCGGCCGCACUCGGACUGAAGCAUUUGUGGAAUCUCCAAUCAUUUCGUCUACUGUCGCGCUUGGCAUGCAUUGCGUGCAUCACAGCUGGCAUGACGGCUUCAGCAGGGUUUCUCUACGUCUCGCACCACAACUAUCCAGGAGGGGUAGCCCUGCAGAGGCUUCACUCUCUGAAUCCAGAAGGCCAUGUCUACCUUCACAUCUGCAAUGCUGCUGCUCAGACCGGUGUUUCUCGCUUUGGCCAAGACAACUCAACAUGGAGAUACUCGAAGAAAGAAAAACUGCCACCUGGUGAAGCCCUGCUGCAAUUCACACACAUCAUAGUCGAAGCUCGAGAUGCUGGUGUCUACGCAACUACACACACUCGGCUAGCUUCAGUCAGUGGGUUCAGUACGAUGGCGUGGAGGACGGCUCCACGUGGCGUGAAAUUAGAGGACAAGCUUCUAAUCUUACAACGAAACACACCGAUUCUAGACAAACGGAAAAUCUGAAUCCAGUGCUUGACACAUUGAAUAACCAACCCAAAAUAACACAGAACUCUAAUUUGUUCUCGCUUUGAUCUAUUCCACAACAUGUUACUUCAAGAGACUAUAUAAACCUACUUAAAGGGGAAGUAUACCCUAAAAUCAAAU